AUGUACCAGGAUGCUCGUAUCAAUGGAGCGUUCGCGGGUCUCACAUCCGGUCUACUGGGUUCCAAUAUAGCGUCUCGUCUUUGGAAACUGAGUAGGAAUAGCAGCAUUUUCGCUGGCGUCCGUAAGUUCGCCCAGCUUGUCGAUGCCUCGAUCUGGUUGGAGCGCUCACAAAACACCCUGUCGUCCUCGCCUGCAGUCACUGCGGCCCUCUCCGGUUACUAUUUCUCCGAGGGAUUCAUGGCCGCCAACCUUUCCCGGGCUCGUGCGGAAGUUUCUGCCCAAAAGAAGCAGACCGAAUUCGUGGACUCGCCGAGCUGA